UUUCAGUACCGCUACAACCAGACCGAGAAGAUGAGCAAUGGCAAUAGAAAACAAACCUGGGGACGAAUUUGACACCGUUUUUGGUCAAAGCGACUCAUUGGAGCUUUCUUCACACCACGACUAUGACACAGCACAGGCUCGGAUCUUCAAGAUCAUCGUCAUAGGUGAUUCAAAUGUGGGAAAGACGUGUUUGACUUACAGAUUCUGCGGUGGUACCUUCCUGAAGAACCCAGAGGCAACCAUCGGGGUCGAUUUCAGGGAGAGGACGCUGCAGCUCGAUGGGGAGAAUAUCAAGCUGCAGAUCUGGGAUACGGCGGGUCAGGAGCGUUUCAGGAAGAGCAUGGUGGAGCACUACUACCGCAGCGUCCAUGCUGUCAUCUUCGUGUACGACGUGACCAGCCUCUCCUCCUUUGAGAGCAUCCCCGAGUGGAUAGAGGAGUGCGCUCGACACUGCGUGGGCCCCCUGGUGCCUCGCAUCAUGGUGGGCAACAAGUGCGAUCUGAGGGACCGCCGGGAGGUCCCCACGUCGACCGCACAGUGCUUCGCCGACAGCUACAACUUUCCACUGUUUGAGACCUCAGCAAAGGAGCCGGCAGAGAAGGAACAUGUAGACGCCAUCUUUCUGACUUUGGCUUAUAGACUGAAGAGCCACAAACCCCUGAGACUGAAGCAGCCGAGUGAGAGUAGCAUCAGGCAGAUGUGGGAUCAGAGGGAGCAGGAGUCAGGAAUUUGUCAGUGCUGAAGUCACCUGCAAGUGUUAUGAAGGUCAGCUAAUCCUUCAGGAACAAUGAUGCUGCAGAGGAAAUCAUUUUCUCCCCCCCCUAAAGCUGAGACUAAAUGCAGAAACUUCAUGUUGUCUUACACUAUGGACAUUGAAACUAUUGGCCUAUAAGUUUGCACAAUAUUAAAUCAAUAUUUAUGUGAGGUGCAUGAAUGGUUGUGGAGGUAUACCAAUCAUUUUUAGCUCAAAUUGCACAUGAAAUCAAAAAGCAUUGCAGGACACACUCUAGUAUACAGACAAUAUAUAUGCAUAUCAAAUGUCCUGUAGCACCACAACUAAUAGUAUUCAAUGCAUUCAGUGAGUUUUAACGGACAGAGGUUUCAUUGAUUUAAAGAGUACCAACAAUGAAAAUAUCAACUGUGAAGAAAACUGUGUUAUCAAGAAAUGUCUUAAAAAUUGUAUUUUGGUUCUUAAAACAAUUGAUUGCAGCAUGAGUUAUGAUGCUGUUACUGAAUGCUGUGAAUUUCUUUAAUAGAAAUAUGAACAAUAAACAAGUUCUGUGUCGGCUCGUUGGACUGCAUAUUGAUUUUGCACCGAGCUUAUUAAUCACAAAAUGUAGCUGUCUUUUUGGAGACGAAGCAAAUGAACACAAGUCACUUGAAAAGCAUAAGUGGAAACACGCUCAGCUGUCUUAAUGCAGGAAGGUGGGGCUGAUACUUUUGUUGCACGUGUACGAUAAUGCAAACUUUAUCCAAAGGUAUGAAGAAAUGUUAAAAUAAGCUGCAAACCCAUAAAGGUGGUUGUAUCUGUUCAACUUCUGUUUCCUGUUACUGUUCGUCGAUGUCAUUCAAUAAAGCUUAGCAUCACA